AUGUUACAGUGGGAGGAAACAACACGAGAGACGAGCUGUUGCUGCUGAAGACUGAGAGAAGAAGAGAUCCGAGAUCAGAGAUCAGAGAUCAUCAUCAGCAGCAGCAGCAGCACAAGAGGGAAUCGAACCCUAACCCUCCAGACUGUGACGAGACAGGUUUACAGCAGAAUCACUCUACUCUGACCAUCUGACCGUUUCAGGAUGACACACGUGAGGCUGUCGGUCCAGCCGUCCAGGGGACUCGUGGAUGAGAAGUUCUCUGUCCUGGUCCAGAACGCUCCACCGUCUUUCAAGCUGACUGUCCACGCCCUCUACAAGUGUAGAGACGGCCACAGCUGGGAGGCGUUUGGUCUCUACACUGCUGAUGCCUCCGGGAAUGUAAACGUUUCAGAGGAUCUUAGUCUGGGCGGGACAUAUUCUGGGGUUGAACCAAUGGGUCUGCUGUGGAGCCUCAGACCAGUUUCAGGCAGCAAACCAGGACUCAGGCUCAGGAACAGUAAUACCCAGACUCCCAUGGAGGUCACAAUCUCAGUGUACCCGUGUCAUCAGACUGUGGGGUUUAUGGAUCAGGUGCCGCUGUCCAGUGUGGUGGUGGAACGCUGGUUCACAGCACCUGGUGUGAGCAGGAUCCCCAUCACAGAGGGUGGACUCACUGCAACCCUCUUCCUGCCCCCAGGACCUGGACCGUUCCCGGCUGUCUUGGACCUGUGGGGGGGUGCAGGGGGGUUGGUAGAGUACCGAGCAGCUCUGCUGGCAUCCCAUGGUUUUGCUGCUCUGACUCUUGACUACAUCACUGCAAAAAUCACCAUGGAAACGGGGAAGUUGGUGGAGAACGAGUACUUUGAGCGCGCCUACACUGUCCUGCUGCAGCAUCCUCAGGUCAUUGGCAGCAGGAUUGCAAUGCUGGGACUGUCGCUUGGUAGCACUGUCACCCUCAAAAUGGCCAUCUACUCUGAAGUGAUCAAGCCCAGGUGUGUGGUGUGUGUCAGUGGGUCUCAUGUGCAGCCAGUUGGUGGAUCUUUGAAGGAAAUAAUGGCUUUCUUCGCAGAAAAUGGCAAGAAGAAACGCCUCAACGAGGAGAACCAGUCGAUCCUGCGAGAUCUGCUGCUGCCAAUCCCGACUGACCCGUCAUUUAAAGUGGACGUGGGACGACUGCAGUGUCCUCUGCUGCUGGUUGUAGGUGAGGACGAUCAGAACUGGCCUGCCUACGAGUCUGCAAUGGAUAUGAAGGAGAUGAUGGAGCAAGCGGGAAACAGCCACCAGCUGACUGUCCUUUCUUACCCUAACACUGGUCACCUGAUCGACACUCCGUACAUGCCACACAUCCGAGUCAGCAACUUUGUGUCACCUGGCACUCGUGAAAAAUCUAUGGUUCUUUGGGGUGGAGAGACUGUAGCACAUUCUCAUGCUCAGGAGGAUGCCUGGAAGAAGACGCUGCUCUUUCUCAGGGAGAAUCUGUUUGCAGACCAAAACCCUGAUGAUAAGAAAUCAGUCUGUUAGAUAUAUAACAGACAAAUAUAAAAGUAAACAUACCCACAACCACACAACCUGGUGUUAAUAAUGAAGAUAAUUCUACAUCUUAGGGUAUUCUGCAUUUACUACAGCUGUGAUUUUCACCUCUAAUUUCGUACUUAUUCUCACACCUAUUAGUGCCUGCUUAUAGAGCUGAAUCAUUUCGCAACUGACACCAAACCACGGUGACAUCUGACACUCUGGUUAAACCGUUGUGCUUCUCUUCCAUGUCUUCUCAGGAAGACCAUAUGUCUCAGAGACUGUACUGUCCUGUGGCUAAAACUGCUUUAGAAAAUGUCCAAAGUCAGUUGGUGGUCAAACAUUAGACCAGUGGCGUAACUGUUGGCGGUGCAGCAGCUGCAGCCACACUGGGGCCAGUGCAGAGUGGGGGCACCUGUCAAGAAACAUUUAACUCCAUGAGUCCUCUCAGUUGCAUGUUGGAGCCUGUCUGGUGUAUGAACAGUGGAAACUCUACAGCGCCACUAAUACACAGUCCAAUCCAAUCCAACUUUAUUUGUUAAGCACUUUAAAACAACCACAGUGAACCAAAGUGCAGAAGACACAAUAAAGAAAAGGCAUGGCAGCUCACAAAGGUGAUAAGAUUAAUCUAAAAGACAUAAAAACAUGGAUAAAAACCCACAAUAAAAACAGAUCAAAUAAAAUGAAUAAAAGAAAAUUAAAAUGGAAAUAACAACUUAGACAGUGUCAAAGGCCAAUGAAAACAGAGAUUUAAAAACAGAGGCCUGUGUGAUGUGCAGUGGCAGAUCAUUCCAUCGCUCCAGGCCUCAACAGCAAAGGCUAAAAUGUACGGGCAGUCAGUGGAGUGAAGCUGAAAUGGGGGAAAUGUGCUCAUAUUUACGAGUGCCAGUUAAAAGACGCGCUGCAUUGUUUUGCAACGUCUUUAGACAAGCGAUGGAAGAACUGGCUUCAUUUU